AUGAUACUGCUGAAGCAAGUAAAUGGCGCGGAUAUCUUCACAGUCGAACAACAAGAUUGUCUAUUACUGUUAAGAAUUUUACAUAUGCCGUCAACAAAUGUUGGCAAAGUAUUUGCCUGGAAUAAUGAUCCGCUUGAAGAUACUU